GCCAGGGCCUGGAUUUUUUUUUUUUUUUUUUAAACUACAAUACAGAUGCAGCUGUUUCCUAGCAGUUGAGUCUGUAAAUCACCUCCUGUAGGACACGGGUGUCCCAGUGACUGAGAGCCAGCUGUUGGGUGUUUUAACUAAACAGCUUGCUCCUAGUUGGCUGCUCAAGUCCCAGUGAGAAGUACUGACUGCUCCAGGGAUAGAGCGGGAGUAGAGCAUGCAGGCUGAGGAUUUUCGCAAGGCCUUCAGUGGUGCAGUUUAAAUUUGUUGGGAUUUUUCUGCUUUGGUUUUUUUCCUAUAGGUGCCCAACUUCAUCUACUUCAGGUUUUCAUGAAUGACUCAUCUUCCUGUCAUAUUUUGUUAGACUACAAUAACUGAAAGCUCUUUGGGUCACUGCUAUGAAAUUUCUCCUACCACAUGUAUUAGGAGAAAGCAGUAAUAUUCACACUGAAGCCUCUUUCCAUCUCAUGCUGAUUGAUUGUUUCUUCCUGAAAAUGACAUUUUAGUGAUGCAUUGUUUUCUGUGGAAGGAAGCCUAUGACCUCUUUUUUUUUUCCCUUUCCAGAGGGGAUCUGGAAAAGUUGUAAGCACAUCAUUUCUCUAAGAAAAUUUUGGAUAGCAGAAGUUCUGGAUAACAGGGCAUACCAGUUCAAUCACCAUGAGUUGGAGCUUCCUGACUCGCCUGCUAGAGGAGAUCCACAACCAUUCCACAUUUGUGGGGAAGAUCUGGCUCACUGUCUUGAUUGUCUUCCGGAUUGUUCUUACAGCUGUAGGAGGAGAGUCCAUCUAUUACGACGAGCAAAGCAAAUUUGUCUGCAACACAGAGCAGCCAGGCUGCGAGAAUGUCUGCUAUGAUGCCUUUGCACCCCUCUCCCAUGUGCGCUUCUGGGUGUUCCAGAUCAUCCUGGUGGCAACCCCCUCAGUGAUGUACCUGGGCUACGCCAUUCAUAAGAUUGCCAAAAUGGAGCAUGGUGAAGCAGACAAGAAGGCAGCUCGGAGCAAACCCUAUGCAAUGCGUUGGAAACAGCACCGGGCUCUGGAAGAAACAGAAGAGGACCAUGAAGAGGAUCCCAUGAUGUAUCCAGAAGUGGAAUUAGAAAGUGAAAAAGAAAAUAAAGAGCAAAACCAACCUAAACCCAAGCAUGAUGGCCGACGGCGGAUUCGGGAAGAUGGUCUCAUGAAAAUCUAUGUGCUGCAGUUGCUGGCAAGGACCGUAUUUGAGGUGGGUUUUCUGAUAGGGCAGUAUUUUCUGUAUGGCUUCCAAGUCCACCCAUCUUAUGUGUGUAGUAGAAUUCCUUGCCCUCAUAAGAUAGACUGCUUUAUUUCUAGACCCACUGAAAAGACCAUCUUCCUCCUGAUAAUGUAUGGUGUUACAGGCCUUUGCCUAUUGCUUAACAUUUGGGAGAUGCUCCAUUUAGGGUUUGGGACAAUUCGAGACUCACUAAACAGUAAAAGGAGAGAACUGGAAGACCCGGGUGUUUAUAAUUAUCCUUUCACUUGGAAUACACCAUCUGCUCCCCCUGGCUAUAACAUUGCCGUCAAACCAGAUCAAAUCCAGUACACGGAACUGUCCAAUGCUAAGAUCGCCUACAAGCAAAACAAGGCCAACAUUGCCCAGGAACAACAGUACGGCAGCCAUGAGGAGCACCUCCCAGCUGACUUGGAGACUCUGCAGCGGGAGAUCAGAAUGGCUCAGGAACGCUUGGACCUAGCAAUCCAGGCCUACAAUCACCAAAACAACCCCCAUGUUCCCAGGGAAAAAAAAGCCAAAGGGGGGUCUAAAGCUGGGUCCAACAAAAGCAGUACGAGUAGCAAAUCAGGGAAUGGGAAGACCUCCGUCUGGAUUUAAUCUUGGCUGGGCUUGAAACUUGUGCUUUUCAUAGUUUAUGAGCUUCGAGCAGAUUUCUUAAUUGAAGGACAGAAAAUACACAUACAUCACAUCCGUCUCUUCAGAGCCUGAAGAAGAACAACAUGGCUUUGCCAGCAGAAAGGUUGGGGAUUUGAGAGUGAUGGAGAGGGAAGGAAUGCCAGGCAGACGUUCGGCGCCAGAAGCAUCCACUCAGUAUCUACAAAUGGUGCCCCUGGUGUUUCAUCUUGGCUUGUUCUGGUGAGACUGUUACCUUUUGUGUCUGGAUAAUUCUUCACCUUCUUAAAGUAUGUAGAAAAAUAUUCUAAGUCACUUCAUGUGCAUACAUGUUUAAAAACCUAUUUUUAUUCUGUCACUAAAGUUUUAAUUAUGGCAUGGGUUUCUCUCACUGCUUUCUUAGUAUAUUUCUUUCAGUCUUUGAACAUAAGAAUUUGCCAAAGCCAUUUUCCCCCAGUGAUAUCUGUGAGCCUACAUUAAGAAAAUGUCCCUGUCAGUGUCUAGGUUAACCAUUGAUUGGUCUACACUGAAUGUAUAAAAAUACCAUUCCAGCUAUUGUUCUGGAGCUUGCAGGCAUUUGUAUAAAAAGCCUGUCAGCAUUUUUUUCUUGUCAAAAUUAUAUUCCUUUGAAUUGCCAUGUAAGACAUACUCUGUGAUAGGAUAUUUGCUUCUCUAGAUAGAAGUUGGGCGUUUAGUUCUUCACAUACGAGAGUCAGGAUAUGAUCAUGUUUAUAUACCUUAGCAUACUGUUGGAUUUAUUUAGAUGUGGUGUGUCCUUUGCUCAUCUUCCUUAAAAUCUAUUCAGAGAGAUUUGUAAAAGGAUCAGGCUUUUUUCUUAGUUCAAAUCUGAUGGGAGAAUUAGGUAACAUUUUCCCCUAAAGAAAUGUUAAUGUUCAUUUUGUGGCUUCGAGUUUGCUUGAUGACUUAGUUUUGCCUGUUUCGAUAUUUCAUUUAAAACCACAAGUGUGUUAUUGCAUUCGAAGUCAGUUUUCCUGGGGAUUUUCCGUGACUAACAUCUAAUGUCUAUAGAAUUACUUCGAUAAAAAUGAACUUUUGUCUUUUGAAAUGUUUCUAAAGGUUAGGACUCCUACAUGUCCUUCAGAAGGACACCUAUAUCUUUAAAGAGAAAAAAAAAAUCGUCAUUAGGUACCUUAAUUCUGUCAUUUCUUCUUGGUAUGAAAUUAGGCAGUUCACUUUACUUUUCCAAGUUUCAGGAGCCACUUACCUCUCAAAAGUGAUAUGAAGUAGUUAGAUUGAGCCUAUGGUAAAAGGUAUUAAAAGACCAACUAUUAUUAUUGGUCAUUUGUCUGAACUUGGAGCUUAAAAAAAAAAAAAGUUGAGAGAACUGUGAUGGUAGUAAGAUGUCCUUCAGUGCUCUUACCACAGGAAUCAAUGAUGGCUUAAAAAUACUUAACUUGCUCUAAGCAAUUUAUACCAAGAAUGGAAGAAACCGUUAUUCCCAUUAGUUAUACCUAUGCGUAACCCUUAAGCUUAUGAAUGUCCAUCUUUAUGCUUUCUCUCUCAUUUAAGAGACUGUAUACAUCUAAAAAUACCAUCUAUAGUUUAUGAUAAAUUUUUGGCCAGCCAGGCAAAUAUGUUAUACUUGAACCUACUUCAAGAAACACCUUUCUGUAAAGGGAAUGUCUUUCCUGACUAAAGAAAAGUACCUAAAGUCAAAGAUACCGACGCAGCUGCUGGUCAUUUUAAUAGGAAGGUUCCAGGUAUUCAGUUAAUUUUAUCAUUAUAAAAUCAUGUAAUCUCAUGAAGAGUCUUACCACCUGAAAAUAAUUAAAGCCCCUGAAACUAUACAGCACAGAGUUUUGAAACAAAUUGCAACUCAACUAUAUACCAUAAAUCUAAUAAUUCACAGUCACCAUCAGAUAUUAGGGUCAUUAGGUUGAAUUGCAUACUUGUCACUCAUUCUGGCCACACAUCAUGGAGAGUUUAAAAUAUUUUAUAUGUUGCUAAUGCAGUUGUGUUUUUGAAUAAUGAUUUAAGUCAGUUUGGGUCGUGCACAUUCUAUGUUAAUAAUCAUACUUUUUAAAGAAGCAAUACAUAGAAUUCCAAAAUCCAGGAGUUCAAACAAAAAAAAGCCCUACUCCCGUGCAAAAUCUCUACAGAAAUAGAAGAGUUCUGCAUUUCAGGGUUGGCUUGUUGAAUCAGCAAAAACAUUUAGCUGUAUGCUUCCAAGAUUGGAAAUCUUUUUCUUUAUUGUACUCUCAAUUGUGUUUUCUUUAAUAAAUCUCUUACAGAAGUCUCUACCUCAGGCACUAAGUGUUAGAUAUGGUUAGGAUAUUAAUACUGAAAACUUAGCUAGGACUUCCAACUUUUUAAGAUAUUUAAAUGUAAACAACUAUUAACCAGCAAUCUAAUGUCAUGUGGUGUGCAGUUUGGAUAUUGUAUGAACAGCUAAGGAUUACCCAUUCUAGUGCCAAAGAUCACUUGUUGCUAAUUUUGUUUUGUACAGUUGAUGUAAAAUUUUAUGGUUAGAGACAGACUCUGUGCUCAGGGCCUUGUCUCUAGAAAGAUUUCUUUCAGUUUUGAAUGUUUUGUCAGUUCCAAAUACAGUUUAGAAGAUUCA